AUGACACGUGGCAGACAAGAGAGGAACGCUGAUAGAUCUAACAUCCACGGAGAUCAGGAUCGUUGUUUCGAUGGAGGACAUGAUUUGGCAGAUGCGAUUCAUCAAAUGACGGAGACCAUGAAGCAGCAGCAGGAAGUAAUCCUGAGGCAGAACCAACAACGCCUGCUGAUUGAGAACCGAGGGUGUUCCUACGAGAAGUUCCUAAUACAUAGAUACCCCAAUUUCAUGGGAACUGAGGGACCCAUGAAAGCUAACAAGUGGCUAUUAGAUCUCGACAGGACCUUUGAGAUCAGCAGUUGUACUGAAAAACAGAAGGUACAGUACGCGGGGCACCUGCUGCAGGGUGAAGCAGGAAUUUGGUGGGACACCAAGAGGCAACUUCUGAUUAGAGAAUUGGGAAAUAUCACCAUUUUGACCUGGGAGAGGUUUACGGAGGAAUUUGACAAUCGUUUCUUCCCAGAAUCAAUGAAGACCCAGAAGGCCCAGGAGUUUGCCACGUUGGUACAAGGCAAUCUCACUGUUGAGCAGUAUGUUGCGAAGUUUAUGGAGCUGGGAACGUUUGCCCCACACUUGAUUGCUACUGAGAAAAUGCAAGCCCAAAAGUUUCAAGCAGGGCUGAAUCCUAGAAUUUGCAGUUAUGUGGCUGGAUUCCACAUCCACAACUUCCAAGAGUUGGUUAAUGUGGCUGCAAUAGCGAAAGCGAAAUAG